AUGACUUUUCUACUCCUAUUCAUCUUGUCUCUUGCUACCGAUACAUGUAACGGUGACACGUUUUCAUUCGUACGAUUCUACGAAAAUCUGGCUGAAGUUAGUCAACCUCUAGGUCCGUUACCUCUCGAGUUCACCAAUAAUCAGUGGAUCUACAUUCGAUCCGAUUCCAUCGUAUUGUUAGGUUCUCAUGUUAAUGUCACCUCAAUGACAAUUACUGAAAAGAAGAAAUCACUUGAUGGUACUCAGAUCUAUGUUCGUUCUCCAAUUUCAUCUGAUGGAAAUGAAAGUAAAUUUGUUAAAGGAAUACUUCUCAAUGAGAGCAGCAAUACGAUUAAAAUACAAGAUGAGUCAAUUAGUGGCAAAGAUCUUUUCCUCAACAACGUGCCAACGAAUCAUAUUCUUUAUCUUGAAGAACCACACAAACCUAAAGUUUAUGUUAACUUUACAUAUGAAGCAUUACAUGACGAGAUAUUGUACGUAAGUUAUCUCCGAUCGGAUCUUGAUUGGAAAACACGCUAUCAACUUAAUCUGUAUAAUGAUACCAGUGUGCUUAUUGCCAUAGCUGAAAUUAAGAAUGAUGGUGAAUCAACAAUAUCAAUUGAGCAGGCUGAAAUUAUCGGCGGAGACAUCAAUUUGAAGAUACCGAUAUCUGUACGACAAACGCUAUCGAAUCAUGCUGACGCGCUUGACAGUUUCGGGUUACCGCGUAUGAGAAAAUCAUUUGCCAUGGCAUCACAAUUAGCCACUGUUGAGCAAGGUGAAGAAUCAUGCGGCGUUUACGUGUUCAAUAUUGACAAGCCAUUUUUGAUCGAUGCCAAGACUACGUUUCUCUUGCCCAUGCUGCGUCCCCAGGUCACUGUCGAACGAUUUGCGUUGAUCUCUAAAUAUUUCUCAACUUCGUUGAGUACUAGCAAAGCUCAACGUUCAUACAGAAUUACACCCGGCCAGUUUCUUACACGUGGCAAGUGA